UUUUCUUCUUUCACUGCAGGUCCUGGCGGGUACAGUAGGUGUCGCUGUGCAGCUUUUCUGGUGGAUUGUGAUCCGCUAAUAAAGAGAAAGAAGAAGAGCGGGCGCUUCCGGCAAAAAUACAAACACAUGGAGUGAAAACAUCACAAGACAGAAGGUGUAAUCAUGACGAGGUGGGCGAGAGCCAAUAAUGUCCACAAACACAAACCAGCAGAGGCCACUCCAUGGAGUCAGCUGAGAGGAGGAGGAGGAGGAGGAAGAGGAGGAGGAGGAGGAGGAGGAGGAGGUCGCCCAGGCAGCUCUGGUGACCCCACGGCUGCCAAACAAGGAGCUCAGAGGGACCACCUGAGAGGGACUCAGCCCGGUGGAUCAGCCGUGAAAAAACCCAAUCGUAAGAAGAAGGACUACGUCAGCGAGGACGUGAACGGGUUCCUGGAGUACCUGCAGCAGACUGGACAGCCGCUGCCCAGAGGGGACAAAGGAGGGAGGGAGGAGGAGCAGGAGCUCAGGGAGGAGGUGGAAACAGCCCUGAAGAAAGACAAGAGGAGAGAGGACAGACGGAUAAAAAGACAGAAUGACAAGAAGAACAAAAUGCUCUGUUUUAACUGCAGGAAGCCUGGUCAUGGUUUGGCCGACUGUCCGGAGGCAGACAGAGACGAGGAGAUGGGCCGAGGCAUCUGCUACCGCUGCGGCUCCACCGAACACGAAAUCCACAAAUGUAAAGCUAAAGUGGACCCUGCUCUGGGUGAUUACCCGUAUGCAAAGUGCUUCAUCUGUGGUCAGACUGGACACUUGUCACGCUCCUGCCCAGAUAAUCCUAAAGGCCUUUAUGCACAAGGAGGCUGCUGUCGUGUCUGUGGUUCAGUGGAACAUUUUCAGAAGGACUGUCCAGAGCACCAGGCGGCAACGAACUCUGUGACAGUGGGCUGGUUGUCCAACAACAUGAGCGCCGACCACGAGGAGGUUCAUGUGCCGGUGAAGAAAGCCAAACCCAAACAGACUAAAGUGGUGAUGUUCUGAUCUGCUGAGACGACACACAGACUCUGGAGUUUCAUACAUAUUCAUCAGUUCUACUGGACUCUGAUGAACGGACUAAUCAUCACUCACAUGCAGUGAAGUGGUUCAGACACAUUCUGAUUCUCUUUGUGUAUAAUUGAGGUCAUUUGUAAUAAAGUGCUGCUUCUGUA